AUGAAAUCUCAAACAAUCUACUCAUCAUUAUUAUUGUGCAUUUUGAUUUUUACUCAUUUUCUAACAAUAUCAGCUGAAAGAUGUGUCGAUAUUCUAGAUCCUACAAAUCCUUCUGAUACAGUAAUUAUAGACUGUCCACCUACAACGAAUAAUGAUGUUUACGUUAAGCAUCAAACCAGCAAUUUCUUUGAAGUAACUCUUAAUUGUUCAGCUACUGCAGCCUUGUGUAAUAAUAUCAAAGAGGCCUUUAAUGACGCUGGAAAAGAAAUAUCAAAAGUAUUGAAGUUAAAACAGAUAAUCAAAGUAAAUGCUACUUUUACAGACUUUAAUAAUGCAGCUAUAUUAGGUUCUGCAAGUAGUGCACGAUAUAUACCACUGACCUCAGAUGAUAAGAUCAUAAGACGCUAUCCUCAAGCCCUUGUAAAACAAUUUUCUUUAGAUGUACAUCCUGAAUAUAAUGAUUACGAUAUUAUUGCAAGAUUUAAUUCAGCCCAAGAUUGGUGGUUUAGAACCGUUAACGAAACAAUCGGUUCUGAUCAAUUUGAUUUUUAUGCAGUUAUAUUACAUGAACUUAUACAUGGACUUGGAUUCUCAUCAAGUUGGGGUAAUUACAUUGAGCUUGCAGAUAAUCAAAAUAUCACUGGUCUUACUCCUAAUGUCAAUUUCAAUGAUGACAGUCAAUUUGAAGGAUUUACAGAACGUAUUUUUGACAAAUAUGUAAAGUUCAUACCAAAUGGUGUAGCAAGCACAUCGACAUAUUACACUUCACAGUUAAAUGAGUCGAUACCUAUUGGAACUUCAUUCAAUAAUAUCUCAGAAUUUGUCACUCAAAUAAAAUCUUCUCCACAAUGGAAUUAUGCAGAAUUUGCAUUAUUAUCUGCCAUUACUAAUGGUAGUUUAACCUUUACCCCUGCGAAAAACACAAGUUGUAAUGAUGAAAUUUAUUUAGAAUCUAGUCUAAAUCCUUAUGUUCAAGGUUCUAGUAUAAGUCAUGUCAGUUUAAUAUAUGAAUCAACUUCUGAUUUUUUGAUGAAAUAUAUUUUCAAUCGUGGAGAAUCACUAGAAUAUUUAGUCCAAAGAGGUGGAAAUUACUCAUCUCCAAUUGGACCCAGAAUUUUGUCUAUACUUGAAACAAUAGGAUAUGAAACAUAUGCUUAUCCUAAUCCAAUUAUACCUACAUAUGAAUGUUAA